CCUGAGGAGUGAACUGAGGCAGAUCUGCCCCAUCAGAACUUCCUUGUUCUUCUCUCUCCUGCUGUGUCCUUUGUUGUCAACAUCUCCUCCAUGUCAUUCUCUGAAGCAGAGGUGCAAAGUGCCCGUGGGGCCUGGGAGAAGGUAUUUGUGGAUGCUGAGGAAAAUGGGACAGCUGUGCUGGUCAGGAUGUUUACUGAGCACCCAGACACCAAGUCCUACUUCACACACUUCAAAGGCAUGGACUCUGCUGAAGAAAUGAAGCAGUCGGAUCAGGUCAGGGGCCAUGGCAAGAAGGUUUUCACUGCCAUCAAUGACAUGGUGCAACACCUGGACAACUCUGAGGCUUUUCUGGGGAUAUUGAAUCCACUUGGCAAGAAACAUGCGACUCAGCUGAAGAUUGACCCCAAAAACUUUAGGAUUAUCUGUGACAUUAUCUUGCAACUGAUGGAGGAGAAAUUUGGUGCAGACUGCAAAUCUUCCUUUGAGAAGGUGACCAAUGAAAUCUGCACUCACCUGAACAAUGUCUACAAAGAAGAGGGUUGGUGAAGGUCUGCAGCCUCCAGGCUCUCCAAACAUCUCACCAGCACUGAAUUGCUGCUUUGGGGCCUCCAGCCACAGCUGGAAGAAUGAAAAAGUAAAAAACAAA